AUGAUCAAAAUCGACUUAAGGAAAGCAUAUGAUACUAUUGAUUGGAGUUUCAUUGAAGAGAUGCUCAAAGCCUUUGGUUUUCCUCAAAAGUUUACUGAACUGGUUUUGACUUGCAUUCGCACUCCCAAGUUUUCAUUACUUCUUAAUGGAUCUCUUCAUGGAUUCUUUGCAACAAGGAGAGGUCUUAGACAAGGGGACCCUAUUUCCCCCUUGUUGUUUGUUCUUGGUAUGGAGUACUUGUCUAGGAUCUUGACUAAGGUGGGGACUUGGCCAAGCUUUAAAUAUCAUGAUCGAUGCUCCACGCUAAAGCUGAACCAUUUGUGCUUUGCGGAUGACCUUUUGCUUUUUUGUCAUGGAGACUAUAUUUCAAUCCUUUUGAUGCUGAGAGGUUUGAAACUAUUCUCUAAUACUUCAGAUAUACUCGCAGUUAUCUUGCAUUCCGGUAUCUUGGUAUUCCAAUUUGCUCUAAGAAAAUUUCUGCUGCUGAAUGUACAAAUCAUGAUUUUACCAAAAAAAUUACUUAGAGAUGUUGAAGCACUCUGUAGAGCUUUCCUUUGGAAAGGAACCUCGGAUACUCAUGGUCAUGGCUUAAUUGCAUGGGAUCAUCUCUGUUUAUCAGAAACUGCAGGAGGCUUAGGCUUUAGACGAAUCCUUGAUUGGAAUGAGGCUGCCAUAGGGAAAUAUGUUUGGGAUAUUGCCAAGAAAAAAGAUAACCUAUUUGUCAAAUGGAUCAAUAGUGUUUAUUUAGCGAACAGGAACUGGUGGGAUUAUACUUGCCCUCUGGAUUGCAGCUGGUAUUGGAAAUGUAUAGUUGCUGUGAAAGAACGUUUCAAGGACAAAGUCUCACUUGGCUCCUUCUUAUCUCAGCACUAUAGUAUCAAAAGAGGUUUAGAGCUGAUGAGUAUUCCUGACAGUAAAGUAUCUUGGAACAAGUUUGUUUGGGAUAGACUUAUUACUCCUAAACAUAGAUUUAUCAUGUGGUUAGUCAUGUGGGAGAGAUUGAAUACAAAGAAUCGUAUCAUCAAAUACAAUUCAUCUCUAGAUCCGACAUGCCUACUUUGUGGGGAAGCAGAUGAAUGCAUUGAGCAUCUUUUUUUCCAGUGCUUAUAUAGUAGGAAGUGUCUAAGCGCCAUUAAAAACUGGCUCAACUGGAAUGCACAGUCAAUUAAUCUGGUGAGUUUGCUGAAAUGGAUUUCCCAUGCUAAGUCAUCGAGAAUAUACAAGAGCAUGCUGCUGACCAUCCUUGCCGCUACUGUUUAUCAUAUUUGGAGGGCAAGGAAUGAUGUUCUAUGGAACCAGAAACUUUGA